UUCAAUUUCAACUUCAACCUGUCAUUUUUUUUCUAGGGUUUGCCAUCGAAGAUGACCACUAUGGAGAGCUUGAUCGGCUUGGUUAACAGGAUUCAGCGAGCAUGUACGGCUCUCGGUGAUUAUGGUGGCGGCGAUAAUACUUUCUCUUCCCUUUGGGAGGCUCUUCCUUCUGUCGCCGUCGUUGGUGGACAGAGUUCAGGGAAGUCUUCGGUGCUCGAGAGCAUAGUUGGCCGUGACUUCCUUCCCAGAGGAUCGGGAAUCGUGACUAGACGUCCUUUGGUGUUGCAACUUCAUAAGACGGACGAAGGGUCGCAGGAAUAUGCUGAGUUUCUUCACCUGCCCAAGAGAAGAUUCACUGAUUUUGGGGCGGUCCGCCAUGAAAUUCAGGAGGAAACUGAUAGAAUUACUGGGAAGACUAAACAAAUAUCUCCUGUUCCCAUCCAUCUCAGUAUCUACUCUCCAAAUGUUGUCAACUUAACCCUGAUUGAUUUACCGGGCUUAACAAAAGUUGCCGUUGAGGGACAACCGGAAAGUAUAGUUGAAGACAUCGAAACCAUGGUUCGGUCUUAUGUUGAUAAGCCUAAUUGUAUCAUACUAGCUAUAUCUCCAGCUAAUCAAGAUAUAGCAACUUCUGAUGCUAUCAAACUGUCCAGGGAGGUAGACCCCUCUGGUGAACGGACGUUUGGUGUGAUAACUAAGCUUGACCUUAUGGACAAAGGGACUAAUGCUUUGGAUGUUCUUGAAGGAAGAUCUUACCGGCUACAGCAUCCUUGGGUUGGAAUUGUGAACCGUUCACAGGCUGAUAUAAACAAAAAUGUGGACAUGAUUGUGGCAAGACGCAAGGAGCGUGAAUAUUUUGCCACUAGUCCAGACUAUGGACACUUAGCAAGUAAAAUGGGUUCAGAGUACCUUGCAAAACUUCUGUCACAGCACUUGGAAUCUGUAAUUAGGGCUCGGAUACCCAGCAUCACUUCUUUGAUAAACAAAAGUAUUGAUGAACUUGAAUCAGAGAUGGAUCAUCUUGGCAGGCCUAUUGCUCUAGAUGCUGGAGCUCAACUAUACUCCGUAUUGGAAGUUUGUCGUGCGUUUGAACGGAUAUUCAAGGAGCACCUAGAUGGAGGGCGACCUGGAGGUGAUCGAAUUUAUGGAGUCUUUGACAACCAGCUACCUGCUGCUUUGAGGAAGCUUCCCUUUGAUCGCCAUCUUUCUCUGCAAAAUGUAAAGAGAGUAGUGUCCGAGGCAGAUGGUUAUCAACCGCACUUGAUAGCACCUGAGCAAGGUUACCGCAGGCUUAUUGAAGGGGCUUUAAAUUACUUCAGGGGACCAGCUGAAGCUUCUGUGGAUGCUGUUCACUUCGUCUUGAAGGAACUUGUGAGGAAAUCUAUGGAAGAAACACAGGAAUUGAAACGCUUUCCCACACUGCGAGCUGAUAUAGCAGCAGCUGCUAACGAGGCCUUGGAGAGGUUUCGAGAUGAAGGUAAGAAGACAGUUGUUCGGUUGGUAGAUAUGGAAUCAUCUUAUUUAACAGUAGAGUUCUUCCGGAAGCUUCCCCAAGAAGUAGAAAAUAAAGGAGGAAAUCCUGGAGGGAACCCUCAAGCUACUGCAGCUGUGGACCGGUAUGGUGAGGGCCAUUUUCGGAGGAUAGGGUCAAAUGUUUCCUCAUAUAUCGGUAUGGUGUCAGAUACACUUAAGAACGUAAUCCCGAAGGCCGUGGUUUACUGUCAAGUUAGGGAGGCAAAACAGUCACUGCUAAGCCGGUUUUACACGCAGCUAGGGAAGAAAGAGGGGAAGCAGCUGUCACAAAUGUUAGAUGAGGAUCCAACUUUGAUGGAGAGGAGACAACAGUGUGCUAAAAGGCUUGAACUAUACAAGGCUGCAAGGGACGAGAUCGAUUCUGUAUCAUGGACUCGAUGAUAUUAACUCCGAUAUGAUUCUUCUUCGACUCGUUUCCGUAUUCAACUAAUGUGAGACUAGUAAGUAAUGCAGAAUUCGAUUAUGUUAAGUAUUUGACAGCUUGAGAUUCUUUGUUAGAUCCAUUCUUAGUGAUGUAGUGUUGUGCCAUAUGUGUAAUUUCCAUGACCACAUGGGAUUGUUGUGUUAUUGUGCUGUGUGACUUUAUGUUUAUAUUAUUAUUGUAUUACGGCUUAC